AUGAUUGGUAAAAUAUUAGCAAAUAAACCAAUGAAUACCAAGAUCAUAUUGAUUGCUACGCUCUUCUGUGCCAUUGUUCUUGCAAAUGCUGAACAAGAUAAAUCUGAUGAAGAAUACUCUCCAGAAUUCAUGGAUGAGGAAAAAUUAAGUGAGUUGGCAGAAGAGAAUAUUAUUGAUGAGGAAGAAGCUCGCAAAAUUAUGGAAGCGAAGAACUUUGCUAGAAAAUUCUUGUCUAUUGGCUAUACGUAUAUAUCAAAUAUCAUUGACUUUGAAAUAUUAAAUGAUACAGCGAAUAAAAACAAGCUAUGUUUCAAGAUUGCAUGGAAUAUAGAAUAUUUAAGAAAUUAA